AUAAUAUACUAUCAAAUAUAAAAUUAUGUAAAUAAUGUGUUAAAUGCCUACAAUAAUGUAUAAAUAUCGAGUUAAAUAUCCAUUAUACCAAAGGAAUAAGGUUAUAGUAUUAUUCAAAAUGUGUGUUUUUGCAUGCUUAAUUUGAAGGUAGCUACUAAAAAAAUGGCUCGAACUUAAUUUGUAAGUUAUAGUCGUAAACCUUCAAAAUGCUGGAUUUUUGGAAAAAUCGUGUUUUUGAGUUUAAGAUACUAUUAAUUUACAUUUGUUUUCAUGAAAUGUUGAUAUUGGCUAUCUCCCAAUAUGCGGUCUACCUCCGUUUUGUGUGCUAUGUAACUAUAAAUAUGAGUAUAGUAUGCGGUCUAUCAAUGUUAUGUGUUCUACCUAUAUAGCUGGGAAUCCCGCAUCAUUUAUAUUUAUUAUCUACCAUUUACCAAUUUAUAUGUUUUAUCUCAAUUUUUCAUAACGAUAUAUAUUUUAUCAUAUAGGUAACAAUACAGGUUACUGGGUUAGUUGGUUUAGUGUCGUUUGUAGUAAUACAACUUUUUUUAAAUUUUGAGUUGUAAAAAUAGUUUUUAAAAUGCUAGUUAAAGAAUUUUAUAAAAAUUUUUUAACCGAAGAAUCUACUGUCAAAUACCUGCAAGAUUAUGGUUUACUACCUUGUGCAAAACAAUGUCACAAAUGUGGCAGUGAAGUAAAACAGUACCAAAGAAAUUACCGAGGAAAAAUAAGAGAAGUUUUCCGUUGUAAAAAAAAAGGUUACCAAACUACCCAAUCGGUACGUAAUAAUAAUUCAUUUUUUACUUAUUUGGAUGCAAAUGGUCGAUGCAAUAGUGGAUUGAGUCUCAGUGAAAUUAUGGAGAUUGUGUACUUCUGGGUUACAGAAAAUCAACUAGUUCAAAUAAUAAAAUUUACGGGGAGAUCCAAAAAUACUAUUUGUGACUGGAUGAAUCUCUGUAGAGACAUUCCUGUACGUCUAUUUAACAAAAGGCAACCUUUUGGGGGUCCUGGUCAGAUCGUUCAAAUUGACGAAUGUUUGUUGCGAGGCGCACGGAAAAAUAAUAAAGGGCGCUUUCGACUUGCCGAUUUAAAAGCUGCAGUAAUACCUAGACAAGAAGAUGAAGAAGACACCAAUCGCAAUUAUGGUCGGAGAAUUGGUGGACCCUGGGUAGUCGGAUUAUGUUGUGUUUUGGAAAAUGGUUUAAUUGAUGCAAGAUUUUUUGUUGUUGAAAAAAGAAACAAAGAAACAUUACAUCGAAUAAUUAAAAAUGAGGUAUUACCUGGUACAACAGUUCAUUCUGAUUCGUGGCUUGGAUAUAAAGGUUUAUCUGAAAAGGGCUAUCAUGUACAUGAAACAGUUAAUCAUUCAAAUAAUUUUGUGGACCCGGAAACUGGUGCCAAUACACAAAGAAUUGAAAGUCUUUGGAGGCCUCUUAGACUCAAAAUCGUUAAAAAAAUGUGUGGUACUAAUGAAGACCUCUUAGAUAGGUACUUAGCCGAGUAUUGGUGGCGAGGAUUAAAUAAAACCGAUAAUAUUUUUGAUGCUUUCCUUAGAGAUAUGAAAUUAUGCUUUGUGGAUAAUUUUUUGGAUCCUUAAUAAAUAAUAAAUACAAUUUUUUUAUACUUUAAAUUAUACUUUAUUAUACUUUUAUAUUAUUACGGUAGAUAAUUUUGUGGAUCCUUAAUAAAUAAUAAAUACAAUUUUUUUAUACUUUAAAUUAUACUUAUAUUGUACUUUAUUACUUUAAUAUUAUUACGGUAGACCACGUCCAUUUUGGUAGACCGCAUAUUUUUGUGGUAGACCGUAUAUUU